UCCAGAGCCACCGCCACGCUAAUCCACACAUUUACGGAUAUUAUCAUCUCCAGGGCCAACAAAUGACCCGAUCCCGCAGCCUUUAGCUGUUUCGCUCUGACCUGAGACAGGUAACCCUCGCCAGGACCGCUGCCCGCAGGCUGUGGAGGACCCGGGCCGCCUGAAGCUAACGAGGAGCGGGGAGUUAUAUGUCGGUCCCCGCGCUGCUCGGUACCGUCUGUCUCUGUAGCUCACACACAAAGAGAGGAGCCCUGCUAACCAGCUAAACUACCAGCACACCUCCUGUCCUAUUGACUUGUAAACAUGGAUACGUUUCAGAAGGUGGAGAAGAUUGGAGAAGGGACGUAUGGUGUAGUUUACAAAGCCAAGAACAAAGUCACCGGAGAAACUGUUGCUCUCAAGAAAAUUCGCCUGGACACGGAAACCGAGGGAGUACCGAGCACUGCCAUCCGAGAGAUCUCCCUCCUCAAAGAACUCAGUCACCCAAAUAUCGUCAAGUUGCGGGAUGUCAUCCACACCGAGAACAAGCUCUACCUUGUGUUUGAGUUCCUCCAUCAGGAUCUAAAGAAGUUCAUGGACUCCUUCACGGUCGCUGGCAUCCCCCUGCCGCUGGUGAAGAGUUAUCUGUUCCAGCUGCUGCAGGGCCUGGCCUUCUGCCACUCUCACAGGGUUCUGCAUCGAGACCUGAAGCCCCAGAACCUCCUCAUCAACGCCCAGGGGGAGAUCAAGCUGGCUGACUUUGGCCUGGCAAGAGCCUUCGGGGUGCCCGUCCGCACUUAUACACACGAGGUGGUAACACUUUGGUACAGAGCACCAGAAAUCCUGCUGGGCUGUAAAUACUACUCCACAGCUGUCGACAUCUGGAGCCUGGGGUGCAUCUUUGCUGAAAUGCUCACCAAGAGGGCCUUAUUCCCCGGCGACUCUGAGAUCGAUCAGUUAUUCCGAAUCUUCCGCACCUUGGGCACACCUGAUGAGACCGUCUGGCCGGGAGUCACAUCGAUGCCUGACUACAAACCAUCUUUCCCCAAGUGGGCCCGACAGGAUUUAUCCAAAGUGGUGCCGAUUCUUGAUGAGGAUGGAAGAGAACUGCUUGGAGAAAUGCUGAAUUAUGAUCCAAACAAAAGGAUAUCUGCCAAAAACGCCCUCGUACAUCGAUACUUCCGCGACGUCACCAUGCCGAUUCCUCAUCUCAGACUCUGAGUCAAGCAAAAUGUCCAUUUUAAUGCCAACAAUGUGUAAGCAAUAAGGACCUCCUCGCCUCGCCUCAUAUCCACGACUGGAAUGGACAGAAACCGUGGACACUACAGGAUGUGUUGGAUCCUUUCAUGGAUAUUUGUUAAUAACUAAAACCAGCUUUCUAGACGACACAUGUCCUGACAGUUGUACAGAUAUUUCAGCCAUGAUGUUACAAUUGUUAUGAAGGUUCAACUGUAAUUUUCAAUAUCAUUAUUUUGCAUAUUUGUGCGCAACUGCCAUUUAUUACAUAAAUUGUAAAUGGGAUGGUCUUCUGAGUGCAGCUGGGGUAUACUCUGCCAUUACAUUUCCCAGUUUAAACGGUCUGUUGGCUGAAGGAUGUCCAAAUUCAAAUAGUCCAGUAGUUAGGUUAAAGUUUGUGGGAUAGUGCAAAUAACAAAUGUCAUGAUUUGUGAGACUGAGCAGCAGCUGAAUGAAAGAUGUGUCGCACAACAAACAUCAUCAGCUGAUGUAAAACAGUUGGUGCUUAAAGAUCACAAAGACUAUAAUCUUUGUUCUUUUAGGUUGAUUUUCUUGCAGUUAAAUUCUAAAUUUGAGGUCCAAAGUGUCUUGAAAGUGAUUUUAUAACAGCACCUUUUGUUGUUUAACACACAAAUGUUUAUUGGUCGCAGGAUUUCUCACCAAACUGAAGUUUUCAGAUUUGACAUACAGUUGUCAUAUACAAAUGUUCCCUGUUGUAAUUCAGAUUUUACAGAAUUGAAUGUGCUGUUGCAUCUUUCUUACUCUAGAUUUUAUUCAAACUUAACUGUUUUUAUGAAUAUUGUUUAUUUACAGUUUGAAAAAAUAAACUUGUUUAAACAACUGUUA